AUGUGCCAGCCCUCCGACUCUCUCGUCCAGAAGAUGCUCGGCUCGGUCAUUCCCAAGGAUGUUACCGUCAAAUCGGUCCAACCAGUCUCUUCAGGUCGGCCACUCAGAAACUACGAAGUCUCCCUUUCCACCGGAAAGACGGUCCUCCUCACUCUCCCACCAGUCUCGUUGUGGCGGCCCCUGAGGGCCGAGCAGGAUAUGCUCAGCUCUGAGGCCAUCACGGUGAAGUGGAUUAGGGAUACACUCGCGCAGGGAACUUCUUCAGUUGACGAUACGGUGCCGUCUUCAUCCAAACCGAGCCUUGCAGACUCUCUCCUCCCGCUGUUGCCGACACUACUUAGCCACGUUCAGGAUAUGCAUCCGCCGAGCUCGUCCUUCGCCGUCUACGAAACCAUCCAAGGCACAUCGCUGCCCUUCCUCACCACAAAGCCCACACCCGCUGACCAUCACAACAUCGACCGCCAGCUCGGCCGCCUCGUACGAGACCUGGCCAUGUUGACUUCUCCCACCGGUCGCUUUGGGCCUGUCACGGCAGUCCUCGGUACUACUAAUAUCACGACCACCCAAAACCCAACAUUACAAACACCAACGACAACAUUCCUCCCAGCUAUCCUUACCGAAAGCAACCUCGCGACCACAAGCGGAGCCCUCACAUGGUCGACUGCCUUCCACUCGAUGCUCGAGGGUAUCCUACGGGACGGCGAGGAUAUGGCGGUGGCAAUUUCGUAUGUGUCGAUUCGUCGGCAUUUCCGUCGGUUAGGAUGGGUGCUGGACGGAGUCACGAAGGGAAGGCUGGUGGUUGUGGAGGUGGAAGGGGACGGGAGGGGGAAUCUGGUUGUGCGAGAGGAAGGUAAUGAAGGGGAGAAAGGGGGUGAGGAAAUGGGGGACAAGGAGUCUGAAGAUGAGGCCGAUAAGAAGAAAGCGAAGAAAGAUGAUGGGGAGGUUGGGACUGAAGGGGAUAAUAAUCAACCACCAACAACAACACAAGACCAAUACCAAGACCAAGACCAACAACACCAACGUCUAAAACUCGCAAGUCUUCGUGAUUGGAGUAGCGCCAUAUUCGGCGACCCCCUCCUCGCGACUGUCUUCAGCGAUCCAAACCAACGACCCCCAUCGGCGGCCUUUCUCGCCGGCUUCAACGAUGACACCACCGCUUCCACUCCCGCUAUCAAUCCUGAACAGACGACGACGACAACGGAGACAACGGGGACGACGGAGACGACAACCCCCCAGAUGCCCUACCCGUUAUCCCUCCCCGAAUCAAUAAUCGAAUCCCCUACGACCGCCCCUGUCCGCCUGCUCUUCUACCAAGUCUACCACGCCGUUACUCGCAUCGUCGCCGAAUUUUACCGCCCGCAGAGGCCAUCAGAAAGUAGAACGCACGAGCUGGAAGCACGCAAGAAGUUGAAUGAGGUGCUGGCACGGCUAGCGGAAAAAGGCCAGGGUAGCCGACAUCACCACCGGCGGCCGAGUGGGGAGAUGUCCCCGGCGAAGAAGGUUAAGAGGUCUGGAGAACUGGGGUGA